AUGACAUCAGUCUUCACUGUGAUCAAGGCUGUCACGUGGGCCCAGAUUGCCCUGUUGUCCAGCGCCAAAGUGCAACAAGCGCUGUCGGCUCUGGCGCGUGUUUCCGAUCGCUGUUUGGUCCGCCCACUGGUUCCCAGUGCACACGCUAAGCGCUUAGCGAGACGGGGGCGAGACCUCUGUUCUUUCCCAAAUCCUAGAUUCAACUUCACCUCCCCUACGGAGCACGUCUGCUUAUCGUCGAUCGAGGUGCCGAACACGCCCCCUUCUCUCGCUCCCUUUCAAUCGCAGCGCAACCUCAUCCCUUUCCACCUGCUUCAGUGCUUCAUCAAGAGGGUUUCGACUACUUUGCGACUUUUCUGGCGAGCGACGAGCGAGUUUUCGGAGAUACCCAUCGGGCGGAUGUGCGAAUGGUGA